AUGGUACUCAAUCCCAAUCCUACUCCGAACCAACACUCUAACCAAUCCAACCCAGGUCCGGUAAACGCAGUAACAUUCUCCAGCUACCCAGGCACCUAUAUCCUAACAGGCUCCUCCGACCGAACCGUCCACCUAACGCGCGCAAUCCCCAACACAAACAAAAAAAGCGAUCCAAUCGAAACAACCUCCCCAAUCCAGAAAUACGAAGCGCACGGCUACUCCGUCCUAGACAUUGCCGUCGCAGCCGAUAAUGCCCGCUUCGCUAGCGUAGGCGGUGACCGCCAGGUCUUCCUGUGGGAUGUUGAGCAGGGUAUCACGACGAGACGGUGGUCAGGGCAUAAUAGUCGUAUUGAGGCUGUACAGUUUGCGGGGGAGGGGGAUGGGGUUGUUGUUACUGGCAGCGCAGAUACCACAAUAAACCUCUGGGAUACACGCGCCAACAGCCACAAACCAAUCCAAACCCUCACAGAAGCAACCGACACCGUCUCAAGUCUACACGUACACAUGGGAUCAUAUUCAAUCGCAAGCGGGAGUUAUGACGGCCACGCGCGGAUCUAUGACGUGCGCACGGGCAAAACGAGCGUUGAUGUCCUUGCGCAUCCAGUUACCAGUGGUGAUGCUGUUGUGUUGAGUGGGAGUGAGGCUGGUGGUGGUGGUGGAGAUGGGGCAGCUUCGUUUGCGUGGGACGUUAUUAGUGGGGAGGUUAUUGCUGCUGUUCCUAUGGGGGAGAAGGUUAAAGCUGUUAGUUGUGUGGCGUGGAAUGAGAAAGGUGGGGAUUGGGCUGCUGGGUGUUCGGAUGGCACUGUUCGCGUCUAUGGCUGA